GAGCACGAGUUAACGCGCAAGUGAUAUUCCGAGGAGAAACGGAGUUUAUUUUAGGAAUCUACGAAAAUACGCACACGCGCUUCUACGCGUCUCGAAGAAGAAGAGGAAGAAGAAGAGGCUAAAGCUCAGUCACAAAUCGUUGCUCGAUUAUAGAGUCAUGGCCUCUCGAAGAUACAUGCCAUUGGCAGCGAUUUUGAUAACUAUAUGUUUAGAUUUAUCGUCCGUCGUCGUCAACGUCGUCGCUGCUGCGGUCGUGUGGGAUCCAAAAGAUUCUAGCAGGUACGACAGUUACAACUUGGACAAAGGACCGGUAUUUUACGAGGCGUAUUAUCCCGACGUUCAGGAUAACGCUUAUCACGAGAAACGCUACUUCGACCGGAGCGCAGUGCUGGAGACGAGCUUUCAAAUACCCUCCAAUCGUUUCGCAUACUCGGCCGAAAGCGCGGAUCGGCCUGUCUCGAAUGACGAAUCGUCGUACGUCUUAGUGAAUAACGAGAAUCUACCAGAGGAACAACGAAAAAACGUAGGUCCUCGACGCAAUCUUGUGCCUUUCGACGAUCAACGCUCGAUACUCCUCGAAGAUGAUAAUGGGAGCUCUCCAGCGACGAACAUUGGAGAAAUUUCCAAACUUGUUAGAAGAGCAAUUUCUCGAGAUCUGGAGAACUGGAGCGCUCUCGAGAGGUAUCUCGAAGGUAACAGCAAUCAGGGUCAGUCGAUGCCUCCUCUUCGCUCGGAAUUGCGUCCUAGGGAGAGCCGCAAAAAUAAAGAGGACGACAGUUAUCCACUUCAAGUAAAUCAACUUAAUUUCGAUCCGUCAAAACAACUGAAUUUCGAGGUAUUACGAAAAUUGGAGGCGCGCGACGUGAAAGUACGGCCCGCUUAUUUCGAGAAAAUCCGACGGAACGACGGAAGCGUAAUGAGCGUCGCCGAUACUCGAACCGCUGUUGCGCCAAUUGGAAUUACCUCCGACUCAUUAUCUUUGGAGGAUAUUUUUCAGCCGCGACCCCAAAUCAUCAAGUAUACAUUCCUCAAAAAAGCGAUGACGCGACACGACGAACCUAGCAAGGCCGUGAUCGAUAACACCACACCACGGAAUUACGGCGACAAUCUCAUCCGCGAUGAGAUCGCUAACGACGGUCAUGACGGGAGGCUGGCGAGGGGAAGCGUCAAAGUGACGUCUAUACAAGUGAGCGAGCUGCCGCGGCACAAGACUCGUCACCAUCAUGGUGAAUGGUCUAAACGAGAUUACGCCGCUCAUCGCCAUCGUCCGACCGUCGCUCAUCCGGCUGCCCAAUAAAAAGAAACGAAACUGUCAGAUAAAGAGAAACACGCGGAUUAGUGGGAUUGCCGCCUGCGUGUUAAUUCACCACUACGUGUCAUCUUCGCUAUCUAUUUCAUAACAAUAACAAGGAAUCGUACUAUUUUUAAACUAUUUAUUAAAUAUACUAUUUUCAAUAUACAUGCAACAAUUAUAUAUUCUCUAUAAUACAUGUAGUUACAAUAAAAUGACUUCCCGCGACUUAUGCUAAGAAGCUGUCAGUUGUAACAAUGUCGAUUAACACAGGUCCUCAUUAAAGAUUAAAAUUUAUUUCA